CCAAUCAGGAGCGCAGCUUGAGAAGCGGAGGCGGUUUCCGGGAUCUGGCGGGGCCUUUGUCUUGUACUCCAGCUGGAGCUUCGGUCCCGUAUUCUCGGCUAUUUAUCCCCAGCUGCGGGAGGCCCUGGUGACUCUGCUGCUGCAGUGUCUGGUUUCCCUGUGACCUGCAGGUACUGGGAGUUACAUAGCUAAGAUGCCAGGACACCCCGAAAGCCGGAAAACGAGAUGCAUUCUCACUAUGUUGCCCAGGCUGGUCUUGAACUCCUUCCCUCAAGUGAUUCUUCUGCCUAAUCCUCCCAAAGUUCUUAGAUUACAGGGACUAUUGGCAUUCAGUGAUGUGGUCAUAGAAUUCUCUCCAGAGGAGUGGGCAUGCCUGGACCCUGCCCAGCGAAAUUUGUAUAGGGAUGUGAUGUUCGAGAACUACAGAAACCUGGUCUCCCUGGGACUUCCAGGACUAUGUUAAAAUAGAAGCAUUGAUAAUGGGCACAAUAUCACUUUGCAUUGGUGUCUGUGCAUUUGAAGGAGCAAACACCUCUACCAGUUUUUAUAAACUGGUUUAUACAGCUAUUUUAUCUUAUUCCAUUCAAGACCUUUUGCCAGAGCAGGAUAUGAAAGAUUUAUGCCAAAAAGUGACACUGACAAGACAUAGAAGCUGGGGCCUUGACAAUUUGCACUUAGUGAAAGACUGGAGAACUGUGAAUGAAGGUAAGGGGCAGAAAGAAUAUUGCAAUAGACUUACUCAAUGUUCAUCAACUAAAAGCAAAAUCUUUCAAUGUAUUGAAUGUGGCAGAAAUUUUAGCCGGAGGUCAAUCCUUACUGAACAUAAGAGAAUUCAUACUGGAGAGAAGCCAUACAAAUGUGAAGAAUGUGGCAAAGUUUUCAAUCGAUGUUCAAACCUAACAAAACAUAAAAGAAUUCAUACUGGAGAGAAACCCUACAAAUGUGACGAAUGUGGCAGAGUUUUUAAUUGGUGGUCACAACUAACUAACCAUAAGAAAAUUCAUACUGGAGAGAAGCCCUACAAAUGUGAUGAAUGUGACAAAGUUUUUAAUUGGUGGUCACAACUAACUAGCCAUAAGAAAAUUCAUAGUGGAGAGAAACCAUACCCAUGUGAAGAAUGUGGCAAAGCCUUUACCCAGUUCUCAAACCUUACACAACAUAAGAGAAUUCAUACUGGAGAGAAACCCUACAAAUGCAAAGAAUGUUGCAAAGCCUUUAACAAGUUCUCAAACCUUACUCAACAUAAGAGAAUUCAUACUGGAGAGAAACCCUACAAGUGUGAAGAAUGUGGCAACGUUUUUAAUGAGUGCUCACACCUAACUAGACAUAGGAGAAUUCAUACUGGAGAGAAACCCUACAAAUGUGAAGAAUGUGGCAAAGCCUUUACACAGUUUGCAAGCCUUACUCGUCAUAAAAGAAUUCAUACUGGAGAAAAACCCUACCAAUGCGAAGAAUGUGGCAAAACUUUUAAUCGGUGUUCACACCUAAGUAGCCAUAAGAGAAUUCAUACUGGAGAGAAACCCUACAAAUGUGAAGAAUGUGGCAGAACCUUUACUCAAUUCUCAAACCUCACUCAGCAUAAAAGAAUUCAUACUGGAGAGAAACCCUACAAAUGCAAAGAAUGUGGCAAAGCAUUUAACAAGUUCUCAAGCCUUACUCAACAUAGGAGAAUUCAUACAGGAGUGAAACCCUACAAAUGUGAAGAAUGUGGGAAAGUUUUUAAACAGUGCUCUCACCUAACUAGCCAUAAGAGAAUUCAUACUGGAGAGAAACCCUACAAAUGUAAAGAAUGUGGCAAAGCUUUUUACCAAUCCUCAAUCCUUAGUAAGCAUAAGAGAAUUCAUACUGAAGAGAAACCCUACAAAUGUGAAGAAUGUGGCAAAGCCUUUAACCAGUUCUCAAGCCUUACUCGUCAUAAAAGAAUUCAUACUGGAGAGAAACGCUACAAAUGUAAAGAAUGUGGAAAAGGUUUUUACCAAUCCUCAAUCCAUAGUAAGUAUAAGAGAAUUUAUACUGGAGAGGAACCUGACAAAUGUAAAAAAUGUGGCAGUCUUUAAAAACUGCUUCAUUAUACAUGGCUUCACUAAUUUCAUACUGAAUAAAAGUGGUAUAAGCAUAA